AGAAAUUUCAACCAAAGACUGAACGUAAUAUGUAUUGACGUCAUAUUAUAUUUCUUUACAUGCGAUGAACACCGGAGAUAUUCUUUACGAAUUGUAUGAACCAUCAAUCAGUAAUGAAUUUCGUGGCGAGAUAAGUGAUUUCAGUCUGCAGCUUAUACAAAACCAUUUGACCCUUACAAGCUGUGGCAUUUUUGAUCUCGAUUAUACAUUGAUACGUAACGUGAUCGGUACCGUCGCAACUUACAUCGUUAUUCUGAUUCAAAUUGGUAAUCUAUCACAACAAGAUUUAAAUAAUAACUCAACUUUAUCGCCUAAUAAUGAUUGAGAAAUUUACGAUCAUUCUUAGAUAUAGAUGCGUUUAGAACUAUAUUAAGGGUUG